CUCUCAUCGACCAUACGAACAAGAUGCCAAUGGUAGUCUCAAAGACGUUGGUGGCAGUCUCGCAGACGACGGUUCCAACUAUGCCCGAGUUGCCCCAGAUCACGCUCGAAUGGACCACGGAAGACCUUCAACAACACGCAGAGUUCAUGCACUGGUUCAACGAGCAAGUGACCGCCCAGCGGGAGGAUGUGGCGCGGCAGCACGAGGAUGAAGUGAGCAGUUUGCACGAGAACUACAACAAGCUCAUCAUCGAUGUGAGCGAAAGUUUGUCGUUCCGUCUAAUCUUACUUUCUCAGCAUCUGUACGCCAAAGAAGAGCUACGCGAGCUCAAACUCGUGGACUCCACCACCUUGGAAUACGGACAUGCAAACGCCCACGAAAUCGACGCCUGGGUGAUGGAGUUGUGCUUGAAGAUGGCCGAGCGUCUUAACAAGGAUUAUUCUCGGUACGAUCAGGCUCUGCGGAUGCUAGGGGACAAACAAGAGCCUAGCGCGAUGAGGGCACUUGAUGUUGAGAGCUAUCAAGCGGAGGCUUACGAAGCUUUUCAGAAGGUUCAGAAGCAGACUUUGGAGCUGAAGAGGCUUGCGGGAUUGUGAGUCGG